CAUAUAUAUCUGCUCCUAAAGGAGUGAACUGGGAGGAUGGAAAGGUGACCUCUAUUAUAAGAUCAGCUCUGAUGACUGCUGCAGAUCUGGGAGCUUCAACUAAACCCUGGGAGAUGCAGAAGGAGGUAGCUGGAUUGAUAGCUGAAGAGUUCUGGCAGCAAGGAGACUUGGAGAGAGUUAGAUUAAACAAACCGUCCCAACCCUUGAUGGAUAGAGAUUUGAGGGAUUCCUUCCCCCAGCUCCAGGUUGGGUUCUGUCAGGAUGUGUGUCUACCCGUCUACAAGUCACUGACCAACCUCUGCCCCGCCCUACAUCCACUGCAGGACGGAGUAGAGGACAACAGGGACAGAUGGUUGGAGAUCGCCAGGAACCAGGACAGGGAUGAGGAGGAGGGCGAUGAGGAGGACGAGGAGGAGGAAGAAAGAGAAAUUGAAGAGAGAAGUUCGGACGAGGAGAAGACGAUCGGAACAGAUAAUCAGAAAGUUACGCGGAAUCUUUAGCAUUAGGUCACGGAACCUUCUUAG